GCGGUGCGGGGCGGCAGCGGCUGAGGCCGAGGAAGGGACUUCGGCGGCGCCCCGGGCAGAGCGGCAGCCUCGCCAGCCAUGGCUCAAGCAGCGAAACAGCUGAAGAAAAUCAAAGACAUCGAGGCUCAGGCUCUGCAGGAGCAGAAGGAGAAGGAAGAAUCCAACCGCAAGCGCAGGAACCGCUCUCGGGACCGGAAGAAAAAGAGAGGGCAUGCGCCAGCCACUGUGGACCCCUUGCCUUCUUGCUGCAAGCAAGGAUCUCCCGAAGGGCUGCUGGAGCAGGAGUCUGCUGCGCAGGCCGAUGCUGCAACCAGUUUUCUGCGAGCUGCCAGAUCCGGGAACCUGGACAAAGCUCUGGACCACCUCAGGAAUGGGGUAGAUAUUAACACCUGCAACCAGAACGGGCUCAACGCGCUGCACCUGGCCUCCAAGGAGGGCCACGUGAAGAUGGUGACGGAGCUGCUGCACAAGGAGAUCGUGCUGGAGACGACGACCAAGAAGGGGAAUACAGCCUUGCACAUCGCUGCCCUGGCUGGACAGGAGAAAGUGGUCCAGGAGCUGGUGAACUAUGGGGCCAACGUCAAYGCACAGUCUCAGAAAGGCUUCACCCCCCUCUACAUGGCGGCGCAGGAAAACCACCUGGAAGUCGUCAAGUUCCUGCUGGAAAACGGAGCCAACCAGAACGUGGCAACGGAGGACGGCUUCACGCCGCUGGCCGUGGCUCUGCAGCAGGGCCACGAGAACGUGGUGGCUCACCUCAUCAACUACGGCACCAAGGGCAAGGUGCGCCUGCCCGCGCUGCACAUCGCGGCCCGCAACGACGACACCCGCACGGCCGCCGUGCUGCUGCAGAACGACCCCAACGCCGACGUCCUCUCCAAGACCGGGUUUACCCCGCUGCACAUCGCAGCCCACUAUGAGAACCUCAACGUGGCCCAGCUGCUGCUGAACCGCGGAGCGAGCGUCAACUUCACGCCGCAGAACGGCAUCACGCCCCUGCACAUCGCCUCCCGCCGCGGGAACAUCAUCAUGGUGCGGCUGCUGCUGGACCGCGGGGCCCACAUCGAGACGAGGACCAAGGACGAGCUGACUCCCCUCCACUGCGCAGCCCGCAACGGCCACGUGCGCAUCGCGGAGAUCCUGCUGGACCACGGCGCUCCCAUCCAAGCCAAAACCAAGAACGGCCUGUCGCCCAUGCACAUGGCAGCGCAGGGCGACCACGUGGACUGCGUGCGCCUGCUCCURCAGUACGACGCCGAGAUCGACGACAUCACCCUGGACCACCUCACGCCGCUGCACGUGGCCGCGCACUGCGGGCACCACCGCGUGGCCAAGCUGCUGCUGGAGAAGGGCGCCAAGCCCAACUCGCGGGCGCUGAACGGCUUCACGCCCCUGCAUAUUGCCUGCAAGAAGAAGCACACGCGGGUGAUGGAGCUGCUGCUGAAAAUGGGGGCCUCCAUCGACGCCGUCACGGAGUCCGGCCUGACGCCGCUGCACGUGGCCGCCUUCAUGGGACACCUGCCCAUCGUCAAGACGCUGCUGCAGCGCGGAGCGUCUCCCAACGUGUCCAACGUGAAGGUGGAGACCCCCCUACACAUGGCGGCCCGAGCAGGGCACACGGACGUGGCAAAGUACCUGCUGCAGAACCAAGCCAAAGUCAACGCCAAGGCUAAGGAUGACCAGACCCCUCUGCACUGUGCGGCGCGCAUCGGCCACACCAGCAUGGUGAAGCUCCUGCUGGAGAGCGGCGCCAACCCCGACCUGGCCACGACGGCCGGCCACACGCCCCUGCACAUCGCCGCCAGGGAGGGCCACGUGGACACCGUGCUGGCCCUGCUCGAGAAAGGAGCCUCGCAGACCUGCAUGACCAAGAAAGGAUUUACCCCUCUGCACGUUGCAGCCAAGUACGGGAAGGUGGACGUGGCGGAGCUGCUCCUGGCGCAGGAUGCCCAGCCCAACGCGGCGGGGAAGAACGGCCUGACGCCCCUGCACGUGGCCGUGCACCACAACAACCUGGAGAUCGUCAAGCUGCUGCUUCCCAAGGGCAGCUCCCCGCACAGCCCGGCCUGGAACGGCUACACCCCGCUGCACAUCGCGGCCAAGCAGAACCAGAUGGAGGUGGCCAGCAGCUUGUUGCAAUACGGAGCUUCUGCCAACGCCGAGUCCCUGCAGGGAGUCACCCCCCUGCACCUGGCUUCCCAGGAGGGGCACGCGGACAUGGUGGCACUGCUCUUCUCCAAGCAGGCCAACGGCAACCUGGGCAACAAGAGUGGCCUGACUCCCCUCCACCUCGUGGCCCAAGAGGGCCACGUACCCGUUGCUGACGUUCUGGUGAAACACGGAGUCACAGUGGAUGCCACAACCAGGAUGGGCUACACCCCGCURCACGUGGCCAGCCACUACGGGAACAUCAAGCUGGUGAAGUUCUUGCUGCAGCACCAGGCUGACGUCAAUGCCAAGACAAAGCUGGGCUACACCCCGCUGCACCAAGCGGCGCAGCAGGGCCACACCGACAUCGUGACGCUGCUGCUGAAGCACGGUGCAUCUCCCAACGAGAUGAGCACGAAUGGCACCACCCCUCUGGCCAUUGCAAAGCGCCUCGGCUACAUUUCAGUCACUGAUGUGCUGAAGAUCGUCACGGAGGAAACGGGCAUCCCGCCAGUCGGUGACAAACAUCGCAUGAGCUUCCCGGAGACGGUGGACGAGAUCCUGGACGUGUCAGAGGAUGAAGGCACUGCUCAUGUCACUCUAAUGGAGGAGGAGCUGCUCGCCCCCAAGACCAAGACAGACGAGGUCAGGGAGCAGGAGGGCAAGAGGGAGAUGCUGGAGCUGGUGACCGAGACCACCCUGGAGCAAACGGUGGAGUCUCCAGCCAUCCCGCCGGUGCCUCCUGAAACGGUGGUGACCAGAGCGGAGGAGCCGGAGCAGAGGGGGCCGGCGGAGGCGGAGGGCGAGCAAGCGAGCCUGCUGCAGGCGCCCUCGGCGUCCCCACAGGAGCCCUCCAAGGAGUUCGACGAGGACUCGCUGAUCCCCAGCAGCCCCGCGACGGAGACCUCGGACAACAUCAGCCCYGUGGCCAGCCCCGUGCACACCGGGUUCCUCGUGAGCUUCAUGGUGGACGCGCGCGGCGGCUCCAUGAGGGGCAGCCGGCACCAUGGGCUGCGCGUGGUGGUGCCGCCGCGCAGCUGCGCCGCGCCGACCCGCAUCACCUGCCGCCUCGUGAAGCCGCACAAGCUGCCGGCGCCGCCGCCGCUCGCCGAGGAGGAAGGCCUGGCCAGCCGCAUCAUCGCCCUGGGGCCCGCGGGCGCCCAGUUCCUCAGCCCGGUGAUGGUGGAGAUCCCGCACUUCGCGUCGUGCGGGCGCGGCGACCGUGAGCUCGUGGUGCUGCGCAGCGAGAAYGGCUCCGUGUGGAAGGAGCACCGCAACCGCUACGAGGACAGCUACCUGGAGCAGCUGCUGCACGGCAUGGAUGAGGAGCUGGAGAGCCAGGAGGAGCUGGAGAAGAAGAGAAUCUGCCGCAUCAUCACCACAGAUUUCCCUCUCUACUUCGUGGUCAUGUCCCGCAUUUGCCAGGACUGCGACCUUAUCGGCCCCGAGGGAGGGUGUCUGAAAAGCACGCUGGUGCCCAUGGUGCAGGCCACCUUCCCAGAGACUGCCGUCACCAAAAGGGUCAAGCUGGCCCUGCAGGCACAGCCUGUGCCCGACGAGCUGGUGACCAAGCUGCUGGGCAACCAGGCCACCUUCAGCCCCAUCGUCACCGUGGAGCCACGGCGGAGGAAAUUCCACCGGCCCAUCGGCCUCCGCAUCCCGCUGCCUCCGUCCUGGAAGGACAGCCCCCGGGACAGCGGCGAGGGGGACACCACCAGCCUGCGCCURCUCUGCAGCGUCAUCGGGGGCACAGCCCAAGCUCAGUGGGAAGAUAUAACAGGCACCACCAAGCUGGUGUAUGCCAACGAGUGCGCAAACUUUACCACCAACGUGUCUGCCAGGUUCUGGCUGGCGGACUGCCCGCGCACGGCUGAGGCCGUGCACUUCGCCUCCGCGCUCUACAAGGAGCUCACGGCCGUGCCCUACAUGGCCAAAUUCGUGGUGUUCGCCAAGAUGAACGACGCGCGGGAGGGCCGGCUGCGCUGCUACUGCAUGACGGACGACAAGGUCGACAAGACUUUGGAGCAGCACGAGAACUUCACGGAGGUGGCCCGCAGCCGGGACAUUGAGGUGGURGAGGGGAUGCCCCUACACGUGGAGCUCUCGGGCAACCUGGUGCCCAUCAAGAAGGCCGCGCAGCCACGCACCUUCCCCUUCCAGUCGUUCCGGGAGAACCGCCUCGCCAUCCCCAUCAAGGUGCGGGACAGCAGCCGGGAGGCCAGCGGCUCCCUGUCCUUCCUGCGCAAGGCCAUGAAGUACGAGGACCUGCAGCACGUGCUCUGCCACCUGAACAUCACCAUACCGCCCUGCACCAAGGGCAGCGGCAGCGAGGAGCGGAGGAGGACGCUGACGCCGUUGGCUCUGCGGGAGCGCUACAGCAUCCUCAGCGAGAGCAGCCUCGGUUCGCUGAGCAGCACGGACAGGGCGGACCAGAAGAUGGUUGAUAUCGCGGAGCAGCUGGGCCUCAGCUGGGCAGAACUGGCCCGGGAACUGCAGUUUGGGGUGGAGGACAUCAACAGGAUACGAGUGGAGAACCCCAAUUCCCUGCUGGAGCAGAGCAUGGCUUUACUGAACCUCUGGGUCAGCCGCGAGGGCAAGAACGCCAAGAUGGAGAGCCUCUACGCGGCGCUGAGGAACAUCGACCGCAGCGAGAUCGUGAGCACGCUGGAGGGCUCGGGGCGCCAGAGCCGCAGCCUCAAGGGCAGCCGGCGCUACACGGACAGGGACUACUCCCUCUCGCCCUCGCAGAUGAAUGGUUAUGCUUCGCUGCAGGACGAGCUGCUGUCCCCUGCCUCCCUGCAUUACACGCUGCCAUCCCCGCUGCGUGCCGACCAGUACUGGAAUGAGGUGGCCAUCAUGGAUGCCAUCCCCAUGGCUGCCACCGAGCAGGACGCCCUGAUGGAGAUGUCCGACAUGCAGGUGUGGUCCUCGGGGCUCACGCCGUCACUGGUGACUGCUGAGGACUCCUCUCUGGAGUGCAGCAAGGCCGAGGACUCGGACGCCACAAGYGAAGGCCGAUUCCCGGGUCAGCUCCUGGCGGAUGCGCAUGGCCCAGACCACCUGGGCUCCAUGGACCUGGUUGAGGAUGACACAGUGGACUCAGAUGCCAUGAACGGCCUGAUUGACCUGCUAGAGCAGGAGGAGGGUCCGAGGCCGGAGGGGAAGACGCCGCYCGGGGACUGCCAGCCGCGGACAGACGGGCAGGAGGCCGCGGAGAGUGAAGUCUCUUUCGUUUCAGUGCAGCAGAAGGUGCAAGCCCGGAUCACGUCAUCGCCCACUGUGAGCCACAUUGCUGAGAGGAGCGAGGACAGGCUGAGGGACUGGAAUGCAGAAGGCUCCUUUAUCUCCUGCCUACAGGACGUGGCAGCGGGCUCCUGGCAGGAGGGGGUCACCCACGGGCUGCGCCUCACCCACGCUACGGCCACCGGGGUGCGGGGCCAGGAGCAAGAGCAGGUGCUGGCGCCAGGCGUGGAGCCCGUGCGGAUGAGCUCCGCGGAGGACAGCGAGCGGCCGCCCCGGCGCUCCGCGGGCCAGGCCCACGGCCGCUGGCAGCAGGACGCCGAGAGCAGCUUCCCUGCGCRGCGGAGGGGGAAUGAAGUCCUCAAUGUGCCCGGAGAGGAGGUGACGGAGGAGCAGUUCACCGACGACGAAGGCAAUAUCGUCACCAAGAAGGUGAUCCGCAAGGUGCUGCGGCACCUGGGCCCCGGCGACGCGGACGGCGCGCGGGAGCGCGAGGAGCUGCUGCUGGAGGCCUCCCUGCCGGACACGCGCGACUUGGAGGCCGAGGCCGACCACUUCAUGAAAUACGCCGGCCUCCAUCGGGACGCUCUGGGGGCCAAGGAGGAGGUGCGAGGCCGCGUGCCGCAACUGGAGCUCUCCGGGGGCAGGAUGGGCGCUCACGUAGUGAAACGCGCCAGCCUCAAAAGGGGGAAGCAGUGACCCCCCGCACUGGCCUCCUUGGA